AUGCGUAACCUCGGCCGGCUAGAAGUGUACCAUGACACCCAGUGGUGGCCGGUGUGUGCUGACGGCUGGGGGCUUGAAGACGCCGAGAUAGCUUGUCAGACCCUUGGAUAUCCGGGGGCUGUAAGCUCGUUCCCAGGCACUUCCAUAUUUGGAAAGAGCGGUGGCGUCGUCGCCAGGGUCUCGUGUGCCCGCUCAGACGGCGCGUCCGACAACUGCACACGGUCUGUGGUCACCGACGGCGUCACGUGCGGGAACAAUAGUGUUGUCGGGAUCUACUGUCACGCUUCUUUGCGACUUGUCAACGGGAGUUCCUAUAACGAAGGUCGGGUGGAGAUCUACCGGAGCGGCCGGUGGGGCACGGUGUGCGACAGUCCCGACAGACCGCCUGGUGAGAGGUGGGGACAGCGGGAAGCAGAGGUCGUGUGUCGGCAACUGACGUCCGGAGUGGCGAGGAUCUAUCCACCGGGGUGGUUCGGCGACGGGGAGAAUGGCAGCAGCGCCAUCUGGCUGGGGGAAGUGCACUGCAGCGGAUCGGAGGACGAACUACAGGAGUGUGGGUACACGCGAUGGGGAGUGCCGCUGGAAGAUGCUGAGUUCUGCAGGGAGAAGUUUGCAGUUGCGGUGGCAUGUGGAGGACCUCCUGGUCCGUUCUUUACAAGAGAAGUCAUACAUGCCGGGAACAUUCGGCUGGUAGACUGGCCGCUGUAUGACUUUAGAAAGCUGGAGGUAUACAACAAAAACAACGCCACCUGGCGGGCAGUUUGCGAACACAACUGGGAUGACGACAUGACCCAGGUUGCGUGUGAAAUCCUUGACUAUCCUGGAGCGCGAAACUACACCACAUCCGGGUACUUGUUUGGUCAGGGACAGAGUGUCGUCCUGAACGCGUCAGUGUCGUGCAACACGUCAUCACACGUCAUAGACGUCACGACAGACGACUGUACCUGGACCAUGUUCACGGAUGGAGACCUAUGUCACUAUGAAGAGAGGGUUGGAAUCCAAUGUCAGGGUUAG